CAGAAUUUGCAAUGGGUUGCCGUUGUUGGCUAGGCCUGGCCUUUCUUCUGGUGCUAGCCGCCCCCAGCUCCCCAACUGGUGAUGUGGCUAUGGUGAAGAGACAUGCCGCCGACCUGCGGGCACUCUUCUCAGAAGAAGAAGACAGUGCAGAAGCACAAGAGGAGGAGCGCCGCCUGAUGCCCACAUUCAAUACUUGCAUGCUUCAUUGUAUUUCCCAAGCGAUGUCGAGCACGGUGAGCAUAAAAAGAAGCAUGACACUCUCUCAAGGCACGCAAGGUAAGGACCAUGAAUUUUGCUGGGGGCUGCGCCUCCGUUCCAGGAAGGGAAAAAGGCUCACCAAAGCCUUUCUGUUCUUCAACCUUGAGCAGCCUCUGAAUGGGAGCCAGCCAUCUUCUUACCACCUCCUUCUCACCACUCCUCCGGCACAGCUUCAGCAUGUGUCACCCGGGCAGGGGAAUUGGACCACCAGGCUGUUGAGCAGCAAAGCGUGCGGCCUCCACUUCGAUGUGACGGAGCCGUUCCGCCGUGCUGAAGGAGGCCAGGACACUGAGAUGUGCGUCCAGGCCAUCCGCCCAAAGGAAGGUGUCUGGGAGGCCUUUCAGCUUCGCCUGCAGUGCCCGCCUUUUUUGGCCGCUUUGUGGCGAAGGCUUCUCCGGCCUGAUGGCUAGGUGACCAGAACGGAGAUCCACCUUUGCUCCGUAAUGGAGGGUGACACCUAGCAAUUGGGGGAUGAAAGGUGGGAGGGAGGUAGCCCAGAUUCAUAUGCGCACUCUCACACUCCAGUUCAACUGCUGAGAUGCCAGAGGCAGCACCAUGACAGACUUUAUUACUACACAAGUCUUCCUAACUCCAGCAGCAUAUAAUACGUU